GGCACCGCGGGAGCGGAGGGGCCCGGCCCCUGCGGAGUCCGGGACGAUGCUGCUGUUCUGCCCCGGCUGCGGGAACGGGCUGAUCGUGGAGGAGGGACAGCGCUGCCACCGCUUCGCCUGCAAUACGUGCCCCUACGUGCACAACGUCACCCGCAAGGUAACAAAUCGGAAGUACCCAAAACUGAAAGAAGUGGAUGAUGUGCUCGGUGGGGCAGCUGCCUGGGAGAAUGUUGACUCCACUGCAGAACCCUGUCCCAAAUGCGAACAUCCUCGGGCCUACUUCAUGCAGCUUCAGACCCGCUCUGCGGACGAGCCCAUGACCACCUUCUACAAGUGCUGCAAUGCCCAGUGUGGACACCGCUGGAGGGAUUAGGGCUCAGACGGCCCAGCCGCGUCUGUGUGUGCUUACCUUGUCUGUCGGGGAGCUGCUCAGCUGAGAGUAUGCAUCGUGUAUCCUGAGGGCCUUUGCUGGGGUGCUGGAAAGAUAACCCUGUAGAGGUGAAGAGCAGGUUAUCAGGAAAUGAGGACACCAAUGUCCGGGAGUUUUUCUGUGUGGGAUGCAGACCCAGAGUUGAGUAUGCGCUGUUGAAAGUCCUGUCCUUUCAUCUUCUGCGUUGAUUGGCAGUUGACAUUCCCUUACUCCCAGUCAACACUUUUAAAUAUUUGUACUGUUUGCAAAGCUUAGUACAUUAAAUGUCCUUAAAUAUUUAACUGUUA